CCAAUGAAAGAAGCCUAUGGCACUUAAGAAGAUAAAAAGAUUACCCUUUCUCUUUUGAUUGGAACUUCUGCUUAGGACUGUAUGUGAAUUUGCACCUGCUAUCUGUUCUUUCAUUUGCUACUGACUUUGAGUUGCAGGAAGGUCUCUGAAGAUUUAUAUCAAAUGACGUCAAUGGCCAGCUUGUUUUCAUUUACUAGUCCAGCAGUAAAGCGAUUGUUGGGCUGGAAGCAAGGUGAUGAGGAGGAGAAAUGGGCAGAAAAGGCAGUUGAUGCAUUAGUUAAAAAGCUCAAGAAGAAAAAGGGUGCCAUGGAGGAACUGGAGAAAGCCUUGAGCAGUCCAGGGCAGCCGAGCAAAUGUGUCACUAUACCCAGAUCAUUAGAUGGACGCCUGCAGGUCUCUCACAGAAAAGGCUUACCCCAUGUUAUCUAUUGCCGAGUUUGGCGCUGGCCGGAUUUGCAGAGUCACCAUGAGCUAAAGCCAUUGGAUAUCUGUGAAUUUCCUUUUGGAUCGAAGCAAAAAGAAGUUUGUAUCAAUCCAUACCACUAUAAGAGAGUGGAGAGUCCAGUUUUACCUCCAGUAUUAGUGCCUCGUCAUAAUGAAUUCAACCCACAACACAGCCUUCUGGUUCAGUUUAGAAACCUGAGCCACAAUGAACCACAUAUGCCACAAAAUGCCACGUUUCCAGAUUCUUUUCACCAGCCCAACAAUACUCCAUUCCCCUUGUCUCCAAAUAGCCCUUACCCACCUUCCCCCGCUAGCAGUACGUAUCCCAACUCCCCAGCAAGUUCUGGACCAGGAAGUCCAUUUCAGCUCCCAGCUGAUACUCCUCCUCCUGCCUAUAUGCCACCAGAUGAUCAGAUGGGUCAAGAUAAUUCUCAACCUAUGGAUACCAGCAACAAUAUGAUUCCUCAGAUUAUGCCCAGUAUCUCCAGCAGAGAUGUUCAACCUGUUGCCUAUGAGGAGCCCAAACAUUGGUGUUCAAUUGUCUAUUACGAAUUAAACAAUCGUGUCGGGGAAGCUUUUCAUGCCUCUUCUACCAGUGUGUUAGUAGAUGGAUUCACAGAUCCUUCAAAUAACAAAAGUAGAUUCUGCUUGGGGUUGUUGUCAAAUGUUAAUCGGAAUUCAACAAUUGAAAACACUAGGCGACACAUUGGAAAAGGUGUUCAUCUGUACUAUGUUGGUGGAGAGGUAUAUGCAGAAUGCCUCAGUGACAGCAGUAUAUUUGUACAGAGUAGGAACUGCAACUUCCAUCACGGCUUUCAUCCUACCACUGUCUGUAAGAUUCCAAGCAGCUGCAGUCUCAAAAUUUUUAACAAUCAAGAGUUUGCUCAGCUUCUAGCUCAGUCUGUCAACCAUGGGUUUGAGGCAGUGUAUGAGCUCACCAAAAUGUGCACUAUUCGAAUGAGUUUUGUCAAGGGCUGGGGAGCAGAAUACCACCGUCAGGAUGUUACUAGCACCCCAUGUUGGAUUGAGAUUCAUCUUCAUGGUCCUCUUCAGUGGCUGGAUAAAGUCCUCACUCAGAUGGGUUCCCCUCUGAACCCCAUAUCUUCUGUCUCAUAGUGCAGAAGUUUUCUUUUCAAUUACACUAUUCGUGAACUGUUUUAAUUUUAGGGAAACUUUUUAGUACAGAUACUGUGAGCAUAUUUGGAAAAUGGAUAUUACACCUUAUUUUUUUCUACAUAAUUGUGACCAAUACAUUUGUAUUUCGUGAUGAAUCUACAUUUGUUUUUAUUUGUGUUCAUGUGAUUAACUCUCAAAAGUGUUGUGAAAAUACAGAGUAGGUAUUGUGCCCCGGUUCAGAAGUUUGACAUCAGUUUUAAACUGGAACAUACUUUUGCCCUGUUGUCCCCAGCAGUUCUUUGUGGUUGCUAAUUUUUUUUUAGUUAUUCAUCAAAUGAUGAAAAAUUAUAAUAUUUUAAGAGGAUAUUCAGUGGAAAGUCUUCCCUUCUACUCUUGAUCCUCUAGAAUCUGUACUUUAACCAGUUUCUUUGUCCCACCAACUUUAAGAAAGUAUAAUUCCUUGUUUUGUGAAAGUAUAUAGUAAGGACUUGAAAGAAGAUAUAAAACUUUUAUUUGAAGGAACACUAUGCACUGCUCUAACAAGUAAUGUUCGGUAAAAGCAAAGUGAUAGUUUUUUAGGUAUCAUAAAAUGUACACUUAAUACUGCUAAAUGUCAGUGUAUUGUGACUUCAUUCAUCAGAUCUUUUGUAAAACAUUUCCUUUGUCCUUAAAAAAAUGACUGCAAACAACAAAUCUCCAGUAAGAUGGCAUUUAUUCAGAAUCUCUCAGAUGUACUACUACUUUAUAACUAGUAUCCGUGCAUGCACAGCCUUUUUUUAAGGCCAUGUUUGCUGUUUAUGGCUAACUUUGCAAGAACUCUAAUUUUGACAUGCAUUAAUUUUUCAUUUUGCACUUUGAUAGAUGACAGUUUUUAGUAUAAUCUUUUGUGAAACACACUCAAAUGACUUGGACUUAGAUGCUCAUCUUUAUUUUCUUGGGUACCUUUUGUAUUAAGAAACACUGUAAUCUAUAGUUAACUUGUAGAAAGUUACUCUCUUUUUCUAACUUUUUAGUUCAGCCUAGAUUAUAACACUUAUUCUGUUGCUCCAGUUUAAGGUGCCUUUUUAAUUCCCUGUCAUGAAUGUUAAUAAUGUUAGAAAGUCAUGGACUUAAACCUACUGCAACUUGUGCUGGUCUCCGCAUGCAAGAGUCUAUAAACAUAGGGAUCCUGAGGAAAGAGGCCAGUGAUAUGAUACUCUGUAAACAGCAGUGGUGGUUGGAAUCGCUGAUUUUUAAGUAUGUUCGCAUACUAAGAAGGCAGACUGCUUUUUUUUUGGUUUCAGGCAUACUAGUCUUUUUCUUUGCACUCAUGAAGAUGCUCAGAAAAUCCUCCCAGAAAAAAUACAUGAUGACUCUAAAAUAUCUACUUGAUUGAUCAGUGGUGGUUAAAGGCUUCAUUAAAAAGCUUUGACCCCUCCUUUUGAGGGAGCAGUCAAAUAAACACUUAAGGCAUGAAAACAAAUUACUUUAGGAAAAGAUCUUAAUUUGAUUAUUGGAAGAAGCUUAUUUUCUGGUGCCUUCUGAAAGUACAUGGAGCCACGCCUUCUGUUUAAGAAUUUGAUUUGACUUUCUGUUUUCUACUUUGCCCUUUUACUUUUAUGAGGAAAAAUAUGCUUUUAGCCUUUUUUUUUUUUGAAGAAAGAGGGACACUUUUUAUUUCCUGUAAUGUUAUUUAUUGCUUUUACAAAGUGCAGCCAAUGGAUGGUUUUAGUUUUAAAGUGCCAUACAUGUUUCAGAUCACAGUUCUUUACUUGGAAGAAGGACAUUCUCUGAUAGUCACCUAAGCCUUAUAUUUGUGUGACAUGCAUUUUCACACUUUCAGAGUUGUCAGUCACAAGAAAGAUUAUUUGCUUGGUGAUAGAAUUGACCUAUUUUUACCUAAUAGGCUUAUGACUUCAGUGGGCUUGAACUGGUAGAAACUAUUGUUUCAUUGAUGUCUUUACUUGACUCAAUUAAAAGUGAAUUUUAUUUGGGUCAAUAUUCUGUCAUAGCGUUUAGUGCUGACUAGAAUUUCAUUUGCCUGGCCUUCUCUGUUUUCUUUAAAAAAUUGAUCUCAGUGACAGUAUGAAAACUAUUAGCU